AUGGCGACAGCAUACAGAGCAAGCAAGCAGGAGAUCGCCAUCUCAAUACCCAUCGAGUUUUCCAUGCCUGCCGCGAGAGGAAAUGGCAUUUCCAUUUCUCGCUUCUUCUCAUAUCACAUCUGGGGUGCCGACGUGCCGAUACGAAAUGCGACAUCGCGUCAACCCACCCGACCCCCACAGCUGCGUCUAGCAACAUGGACCGCAUGGGUCGCCGUCGUCUGCAAUUCAUCAUACGUACUGUUUCUUACGCAUGCGCCGCGCCAUGUCAUCUUCACAGGCAACGAUCCCAUUCCCGGAUUCUGA